GCUCGCUCCGUGGCCGGCGCACAGUCCAGUCGCUCUACUCAGAUUUCGCGAGAGCCGCGGAGCUCCCCGGCCGGCUGGGCAGCGCCGCGCAGUGUCAACCUCACCAGUAAAGGAGUCGCGUCGGCGUUGGCACACCUGGCGGCGCACCUGGCAGGGCAGGCCGGGCAACAUUUGACAGUUGCCGGGACGGGUUGGAGCUGCCGCCGCUGCCGCUGCUGCCGCCGCUGCCGCGAGGUGCGGUCCAGUCGAGCCGUAGUCCCGCCCCGCGGUAGUCGCAGUGCACCGCCGCCGCCGACAUCAUGAACGAGACCUCCUUGGCGUCGACGGUGUCCGCGGCGCCGCCAGCCGGUGGCGUCUCCUCCCCGGCCGCCGCCACGACGCCGGCGUCCAGCAGCCCCAUCAAGGCGGCCGUCGUCGUGAGGGGGGCGAGGAAGUGCUACGCGGCCAACAAAUGGGUUCUGGACGGCAUGGACCUCACCGUGCCCGAGGCCAGCAUCUACGCGCUGCUUGGGGCGAGCGGCUGCGGCAAGACGACCCUGCUGACGUGCAUCCUGGGGCUGCGGCACCUCAACGCCGGCGCCGUGAAGGUGAUGGGCGUGAGGCCCGGGGCGAAGAACGCCGGCAUCCCCGGGCCGCUCAUCGGCUACAUGCCGCAGGAGCUGGCGCUCAGCGAGAACUUCACCAUCGGAGAGACCCUGACGUACUUCGGCAGGGUGGCCGGGCUCGCCGAUGAGAAGACUCGGGAGCGGUCCGACGAGCUGCUCAAGUUCCUCGACAUCCCGGCCAAGAAGAGCAGGCUGCUGAGCGACCUGAGCGGCGGCCAGAAGCAGCGCGUGUCGCUGGCCGUGACGCUGCUGCACGCGCCGCCCCUCCUCAUCCUGGACGAGCCGACGGUCGGCGUCGACCCCAUCCUCAGGCAGAGCAUUUGGGACUUCCUGGUGGACCUGACGCGCACCUCCCGCACCACGGUCAUCAUCACCACGCACUACAUCGAGGAGGCGCGGCAGGCCAACCUGGUGGGGCUGAUGCGGCGCGGCCGCCUGCUGGACGAGGACGGCCCGGACCCCAUGAUGGCCAAGCACGACUGCAAGUCGCUGGAGGACGUGUUCCUCAACCUCAGCAUGCGGCAGGACGGGCCCGAGGUGGGCGCCGAGGCGGACCACGAGCUGCAGCCGCUGCCGCCGCCGCCCGCCCCGAGCCAGUUCAGCCACGUCAAGUACGUGGACGUGAAGCCCAUCCCGUUCACGCCGCACUCCAACAUCCUCGCCUGUAUGUGGCGGGCCUGGCUGUACAUCAGGAGGUACAAAGGACCAGUACAUCGGCAACCUGGUGCGGAACGCCCUGUUCCGCGCCGCCCUCAAGUUCCACGACGACAUGCAGCAGGGCUGCGGGCUCAACUCGCGCUUCUCCGCCAUCCCCAUCGAGGAGAUGGAGCCCGUGUACGGGUCCCGGGAGCCCAGCUUCCAGGACUUUGCCCUGCCCGGCGUCCUCCAGUGCGUGAUGUACUUCCCCGCCAUCUUCUACGCGACGGCCAACUUCAUGGAGGACAAGCUGACGGGCGUGAUGAACAGGGCCGGGGCCGCGGGAGUGACGCAGUUCGAGAUGCUGGCCGCGCGCGCCAUCCUGGACGUGUGCCUGAACGCCGUCGUCACCGUCCUGGUGCUGUUCACCGCCUUCGUCGCGAUGGGCUUCACCAACGGCGGCUCCUACCUCACGCUCACGGCGCUGCUCUACGUGCAGGGCCUGUGCGGGCUCUGGGUCGGGUACUUCGUGGCGGCCCUCUGCAGCGACCACUACGCAGCAACUUUCUUCGGGAUGGGAAUUUUCCUCGCCAGCACCUUCCUCAGCGGUAAUUAUUUAUUAUUAGUAUUUUAUUUUAUAUUAAAUUCUUGCUGUAACACUAGCAAGCGGUGAUCAUUUUUGUAAA